AGAAGAAGCACUAAGACCAGUACAACAAUCAUCAACACCAGCACGAGAAGCAGCAGGACCAUUAGAGAUUACAGGAUCCGCACCCGAGGCAGCACGACCCGGAUUAAGAGAACCAGGUCCAGAAUCUGGAACGGGGCGAUCAAUACUAGGGCGUACCACACCAGCAGCAGGACCAUUAGGAGCAGAAAAGCUAGAGGGGCCAUUACCAGAAGGAACAUGGCAAGCACAAGAACAAACAAGGGCACCGGGAGCAGCAGGACCAGGACAAGUACCAACAGUAUCAGCAACAGAACAUGAAAGAAAGGGGUCACAAGGAUUGGAUUCUGUGAUCAAUGAUGACUUUGACGAUAUUUUGACCAAUAUUGCCAAGAACAUUUACAAAGACUCAGACAUCGAUUAUCUCGGCAAAAAGUUGGGAGUAAGAAUAGCUGCUAUUAAUCUCUAUAUCAAAAGAAAUAAUCAACCAGGAGAGAGAUAUAUGGGAACAUUAGAAAUGCUGAGGGAUUGGCGUGAAGGGCAGAACCGUUCGCAGGAACGGCAGGUAUUGAGUUCAGCGUUAGUAGCAGCUGGAUUGAUUAGAAUGAACGAAGAUUAUUUUGGGACGUGUACAACUGCCAUGGACUCUCAAGAAACGGAAGAUGCACUAAGAUUAGUUUCGCAACCAUUACGACCAGCAGCAGAAGCAGCGGGACCAUUACAGAUAAUAGGAUCUACAUCCGAGGCAUUAGGACCAUCAGGUCAAGUAUCUGGAGCUGGAGGAUCAACGCCAGGACCUGCUAAACCAGCACCAGGAGCAGAAAAGUAUGUAGGACAUGUACCAGAAGCAACAUCGCAAGUAACAGAACAAGAGAUAAGAGCAGCAGGGACGUCUUCAACUGUCAUGGACUAUCAAGAUGAUGCAUUGGCUAGUGGAAAGUUCGGUGAACACGGAGGGGAACUGUCUGUCAAGUCCUAUGGCUUUAGACUUAUCAUCCCAAAGGGCGCCCUAGAGAAAGAUGAACAAAUUGGUCUCCGUGUACUGACCGAAAUUCCGGAUGGACUCAGACUCCAAGAAGAUGAGAUGUUUGUUAGCCAUGGCUUCAAGCUUUGGCCAACCGGUCUUCAAUUUAAGAGACGGGUAAAAUUGAUAAUACCACACUGCGCGGUUGUCGAUAUUCCAAACAAGAUCGAGACAGUAUUGUAUUCCUGGAAUCAAUCGGGUACAUUUGAGCGGAUUUCUUAUUCGGCCAACAUGAUUUGCUCAGUGCAAGACAAGUGGCUGGAGGUUCUUAUCAGCCAUUUUUGUGGAGGACGCUUUGCUAUUAUUUGGAGUUGGAUAAAUUCACCUUUUCGGGGCAUACUGUUGUCAUGCAUGUCAUUUCUUCCAAGAACGUUGCCUUCUUCCAGGAGACCAGUGCUCGAAGUUAGAUUUGCCAAGAAGAUUCGUGGCCAAACAUGGAAAAAUAUCCACGCGUUAGAUGUCAGAUUCCAUCCUGUGAAGAGUGAUGACGACGAAAUUAUUUUCCGACGUAAAAAAAUUACUGUAUCAUGCAGUCUUAGUGGGAACAGUAUCAAUCCUGAAGCAAUUCAUUACGAAGACAUACAGAGCCAUCUAAAGAAGACCGUCUACUUUGCUCUAGAUCUUAGUAAUAACCAUGAUGAAACCCUUGUUACCCUUAAGUUGGAUCAAGAUAAGGAUUCAGAUCGGAGAGAGACAAUCAAAUUCAACACACACUUCCAAGAUGAAACGGAAGAUGCAGUAAGAUCAGUUUCACAACCAUCACGACCAGCAGCAAAAGCAGCGGGACCAUUACAGAUACCAGGAUCUGCAUCCGAGGCAACAGGACCCGCACUAAGACCAUCAGGUCCAGUAUAUGGAGCUGAAGGAUCAACGCCAGGACCUGCUAGACCAGCACCAAGAGCAGAACAGUAUGUGGGACCAGUACCAGAAGCAACAUGGCAAGUCACAGAACAAGAGAUAGGAGCAGCAGGACCAACACACGGCCAGACAAGAUCAGCAGUAGAAGAAACGAGAGAGGGGUCAAAAAGUACCAAGAUAAUUCUUUUGGACAUCCACUUACUUACGCUAGCUAAAAGAUUUCCAUACUCCCUUUACGAAGAUCUAUGUUUGGAACUUGGAGAUACUGCAAUUGGAGCCGAAAAUAGACUUGUCAAAUACAGCCAGGAUUACAAGAGGGCAGUCCAAGAAGUUCUGAUGAAUUGGAAGACUCGAACAGGAGGUUAUAAGGCUGAUUUAGAGAAUGUACUUAAAAAUAUUGAAGCUAGUGGACUCGUAGGUCUUCUUAAGUAGCUAGCUAUGUCAGCGCAUCUUGUAGACAGACCUAUCUCUGGAACUUGGAGACAACAACAGACUGUUUAAUAAAGACUCAUGAAAGCAGUUAUUGAAGUUCUCGUGAACUGAAAGAUUCGUAGAGGUUAUCAGAAUAAUUUAUAGAGUGUUCUAAAGGUACUGAAAGUCGUGGACUCGUAGAUCUUCCUAAAUGGCUUGCUGAAGAGUUUCCACACAUCCUGUGUACCUAUAGUAUAUGUUUGAAACUUGGAUACAUUGCUAGUGGAGGUGGCAAAAGACUAUCCGACUGGUCAAAUAGUAAAUAGGAAAUUGUAAAUUGUAAGCUAGUAGUUUUAUAGAAUGUGAAGUACAUGGAAAUGUGUGUACACGUAUUGGGAGCCAUGAUAGCUCCAUGGAAGAGCAGUCAAACAUCCUAAACGCCAUGGCUUGUAAAAGCCUUUUCUGUUAUUUGUACAUGUAAAGGGUUGUACGUUAUCACUCAUGAUUUUGUAUUCACCUAUUUAUUCCAUUUAUGAUAAAUUGAAAUUGAAUGGAACUUGAAUUGAAUUCCUAAAUCGGGAAUCUCUGAAAGAAAGAGACUGAUGCAAUAAUAACAUACAGAUUGUAAAAUUUUUAGGGCACAGACAACUCUGGACCAUUGCUGGUUAGGGUUUGUCAAAUCGUUUUGAGGUAAUCCAGCAAUGCCAUGAUACCACACUGGAUGUAUUCGUCGUCUCAACAGUUUCUUUUAAUUGUUUUCAUGCACCUUAACAUUAACAUUAACAUGCAAUCAAACACACCUCUGCACAAGCAAACACAUAACAAACAAACAAACAUGCAUGGGUAUUUCAAACCACGACUCAAACCAUGUUAUCUCACAGAACCAUCACUACAUAAACCACAACAAAACAUAAAAAAUGAAGAAGCAGGCGCUUGAUUUGAAUGGAUUUUCAUCUCUAUUGACACAGACAAAAGAAUCAUUUUCUGUAUUGACCCUUCAUGACUAUUUCUGCUCGUUUUGCAGCUUUUCAAUUCAGACCUCGUCCAACACUCUUGAAUCCUGCUCUUUUCGUGAUGGCAUAAUCAUAACAAGCAGUGUAUCAUUUCAAAGAAAAUUAAAUGAUCUUUUGAAUGAUAUCAAAUAUGCAUUGUGUAAAAUUGGGAGUUGGGAGAAAUUAAUGGCCAAACUCAGAUUUUCAAACUUUUUUUGCUCGUUUUGCAGCUUUUCAAUUCAGACCUCAUCCAACACUUUUGAAUCCUGCUUUUUUCGUGAUGGCAUGAUCAUAACAAGCAUGGUAUCAUUCUAAAGAAAAUUAACUCAUCUUUUGAAUGAUGUCAAAUAUGCAUUGUGUGAAAUUGGGAAUCGGGAGAAAUUAAUGGCCAAACUCAGAUUUCCAAACUUAUUUUGAGGGGUUUAUUUCUCAGUUCUUUGGCUAUGUAAUCAUUACUUAGCAUUAUUUGAUUCCUCUGUUGCAGAAGCUACAGUUCGACCGGGGAAGUUAAUGCAAAUUGGCCUCUUUUAAGUAUAGUGUGAAGGGUUACUUUACUUGUUUAGAUUGGGCAAGCUCUCUUCCUAUUGACGUUUUGAGAGAAAGGAUAUGUGUCUCACUUUCGGCCUGUUUGUUGAUUGGAAGUUGGUUGGAUAGGCCCUAGGUUGUAAAUAGAAUUAUACCUUUAUAUUUUUAACACUCGAAUCAGAUGAUAGGGAGCCAUGCUCUUUUAAAAUACAUAUUCUGAAUAACAAUUUUAAGUCAUGUUAAAUCACUUGCUUAUUUUCAUUUGUACCUUUCUUUGUUUGCAGUGUAUAGAAUAUCAGCAUGUUUUGUAAUCUUUCUAGCUGUUUAGAAAUAUGAACAACCAUUAUCAUCACAUAAAAAGUAAUAUCCUGUUGUAUUAUUAUGAAUAAUGAGACUUGUAAAAGGAAUAGUUACUGUUACAUGCAAGCAUUGUUUAUGAUUUAAAGAUAGCUGUUAUUAUUGAGGAUAUGUAUAACUCUUAUUAUUGUGGAUAUAGUCUCGACUUAGGCCGCGCCCAGUGAGUUUUGGAUUGACACUGGAAAGGCCUUGGUGAGGCCCCUUUCUUUGUGGGAGCAGCAUUAGACUUGAUGCUACCUAAGUGAAAUAGCAGGGGACUUAAACUACUUCUUUGUGGAUUAACUUUGUGAGACUUUGUGACAGUUGCUCACUCCUGGGUUAAGGCUCCAAACCUAAAAGUCAACCAUUCGGUCAUCUUUUCUUGUACAUCAUGGCCGAACUCGACUACUGAAUCCUCAUUCUCCACUGCCAACCCUAGGUGUGAUCAUGGACCUACUAGCAAAGUAGCUAGUAGGUCCAUUGUUUGAUGAAUUCAUAAGAGAUGACGUAUGCUCGUUAAUAUUAAACUCUGAUAGUCCUCAUCAACAUAUUCUAGGACAAACCUCAUGAAGAUGGUGACGUUUGUUCAUUUCCGAACGCACGCUUCCAAUCUGAAAUCAAACCGUAUGUUCAUCCUUCUGGGACCUUGUAGCUGAAUUUCACUAUUUUUUAUACACAGUUGGCUUCAUCUACUAAAUGGGGGAAUAUUGACCAAUAUUAAUCUUUGCCAUGUGAAUGUUUGUAAUAUUUGAUUAUUUUCUGAUAUAUGUUAUUUGAAACACACAUAUGGCACAUUAAUUAGCUUCAUAUUUGUUAUUUUGAUAAUGUUGAUAUUCGUUGUGCAACCAUGUGAUCUUUGAUGUUGGAUUGCUCGGAUACAUAUUUGUAUUUAAUGUGAUAUCUGAUGUUCCACAAGUCCUUGAUUAAGGGUGAAGUCCAGCCCAGAAAAAAAAACGCUGAUUUGAAUAAAUAGAGAAAAGUCAAACUAGCGUAACACUGAAAAUUUCAUCAAAAUCAGAUGUAAAAUAAGGUUAUGAAAUUUCAUAGUUUCCCUAAUUUUUCACAAAACAGUGAUAUGCACAACUCAGUGACAUGCAAAUGAGACAGUCGAUGGUGUCCCUCACUCACUGUUUGUUUUGUUUUUGUUUGAAGUAUACAUUCUUUUUUACAUAUUUGACAAUAAGGACCAACUUGACUAAACCAUAUAGUAUUAAAUACCAAUUUCUAAAUUGUCUUGCUAAAAUGAAAGCAACAUUAUUAUGUUUUGAAAAAGUUUAUCGUUUUCUUCGUGCAAUGAAAAUAGAACAAUCACCGAUACGAAGAAGCAUUAUGGCUAAUGGAUAUUCAAUAGCAAUAAAAACCAAUCACAGAAAGGGAAUUUGGCCACGCCUCUUUUUGAUGAAAAAUACAUGUGACCCCAAUGAAUAUUCACUACGUGUACAAAAGUUAGUGAGGGGAAACGGGUGUCAGAAUAGGGGUACCAGAGGUGUUAGAAAUUAUUCUACUUCUCCUCUGGCUAUCAUCCUUCACUUCCUAUUAAAAUGUCUUCAUUCAUUCCAUCAGCACAUCUGCUUCUUCCGUGGAAUAUUAAUUAUUACACAAUCCACUCAUUCCCAUCCGCAUCUUAGGUCUUUGUCAUUGAUUAUUUUUUUUAUGAAUUUUGUUGUUACAUGUACGUUAUCUUUAGUUGGCAGGGGCCGCGGAAGCCGGGGGGUGCCUCAGCCCCCACUUUUUUUCCAAAAACGUAAAAAUGACCACAUGAUUUUGAUUUUUUGCAUGCUCAGCCCCCUCCCCCCCCCCCCCAUCCUCCUUUGAAAACCGCUUCGCGGCGGUCCCUGAUUGGGAUAUUCUAUUUUCUCUAAGUUAGUUAGGUAUUGGCUUCGAUUCCAAGCUAGGUCAAGAUAUCUUCGAAGAGAAACAUUCUGAUUACUCGGCCUCCUAUCAGGUAAUACUCAACACAUGGAAAGACGGUAAGAGUACCAAGGAUAUUGACGAUCUUUUGGAAAAAGCAGGAAUCAAACUGGCAUCGAGUUAC